AUGUGGACUUGGACUGGCGUUGCAUGUAACUCAAGAAGGCGUGUAAUUUCCCUCGACCUCGCUGGCUUCAACCUCACCGGCUUCAUCUCGCCGGCGAUCAGCAAUCUGUCUGCACUUGAGUAUUUUGAUCUCAGCGAUAACCAACUCUCCGGCAACAUCCCCCCAGAGCUUGGCAAGCUGUCACAGCUGUGGUUUCUGAGCCUUCACAACAACCUUCUCACAGGGGUUAUCCCUGAAACGCUUGGCCUUCUAAAAAGCAUGACUGACAUUUCCCUUUCUUCCAACAAUCUCAUCGGUGAAAUCCCAGAUAUCUGCAAUUGCUCCUCCUUGAUCAUCAUUCUCCGCGACAACAACCUCACCGGAGAGAUUCCUUUCUCUACACGAUGUCAGCUUCCAUACCUAGAUGUGCUCUUCCUCUUCGAUAACAGGCUCGUCGGUGUCAUCCCGUCCGUCAUCAAUAUCGAAUUUUACAAACCUUAA